UUGGGGCUCUGCGGCGUCGGAAAUAAGGCGGGGAGGAGCAAGAAAACAGGGAUCCUCCAGUCGUGUGGACCGACCCGAGUCCCGCACCCUUUUUAAGGCCUGUGUUGCGGAUCCGCGCGGCCAUCACGCAUUGCAUCACGGUUUUACUAAUUCUUGAAGUCAUCCGCACUGUCUGCCUGAGGAAAGAUGGUCAACGUCUUGAAAGGAGUGCUUAUAGAAUGCGAUCCCGCCAUGAAGCAGUUUUUGCUGUACUUGGAUGAGUCCAAUGCCUUGGGGAAGAAGUUCAUCAUUCAAGACAUUGAUGACACACAUGUCUUUGUCAUUGCGGAACUGGUUAAUGUUCUCCAGGAGCGAGUAGGGGAACUGAUGGACCAGAAUGCCUUUUCUCUUACCCAGAAGUGAGAGCUCUAGUGUUAAGCACUUGGCAAUCCCAACCACAGACAGGAGAGAGGCCUGCUUAGUGUCUCCUGGAGUUUAGACUUGUUACAAGCAUUUGGUGGGAAAGGCUGCUGCAGGGUCAUUCACUCAGAUGUAAGCUCCCAACUGAUUUUGAUGGACCAUUAAAAAAAUCUUUGUAAAGAAGAAUUUUAACAACUGGCUGCAAUUUGGCUUUUACUGUUUGUUAUUAAAAUAUAAUCAUAGCUGUGCUGGUGGGAUGGCUCAGUUGGUAAAGGCCCUUGCCACUAAGCCAGACACCCUGACCACACUACAAGGUGAGAACUCUGCAGGUUGUCCUCUGACCCUCGUGUGUGUAGCUCCCUCCUGCACAAAUAAGUAAAUGUAAUAAAAUGUAAUCAUAAAUGUUUUCCCUGCCUUUUUAAAACACCAAUUAAAUACACCAGAAAAAUAUUGGAGUUUGGUUAAGUUACCAUUUUAACCUGGGUAUCAUUAAUUUUGCUUGUUCCUAAUAACAAGUGCACAUUUUUAGUACCACAGAGUUAGAAACCAGUGGGACAGAGAACUCUGCUUUGCAUCUUCAGUUUUCGCCUUUCACACUACAUCGGGGACGCUUUCCUAUGAAGGUGGGUGUUCCUCGGUAGUGCAAGGUACAGCAGAAGUACGUGUACAUGUGUGUGUAAAACUAACAGAUCGGAAGAUAACUGCAAUUAUCCUUAGUAUUUGGAGAGUAGGAUUGGAAGACUUGCAUGUGUGUGAACUCUUACAUCGUCUGAAACUAUUAAUGUAGAUAAACAAAAUAGGUAAUAUAAAGGUUCAAACAAAAACGCAGCAAGAUCAGCCUCAAUGGGGAUAAAUGUUAUAUUUUUAUCCAUAUGCUCUGAUGCAAUUAAACCAAGUAUUACUCUUUUUAUGCUGUUUGGCAAGCUACCUAAAUAUACUUUUCAGAAUGAUGAAAUUAAAAGCAUGAAACAAAAUACAGGGGUGGGCAUGGUGGCACACACCGUUAAUCCCAGCAUUCAGGAGACAGAGGCAGGCAAUUCUAGAAGCUAGUCUGGUCUCUAUAGCAAGUUCCAGGAUAGUCAGGAAUACAUAAUGAGACCCUGUCUCAAUAAACAAAAACAAGCCAUGUGAUUUCAUAGGUUACAUUAAAAAUUCAUGUCUUUAAUCCCAGUAAUAGAGAAGCCGAGGCAGACAGAUCUGUGAGUUCAAGAUUGACCUGGUCUACAGAGUGAGUUCCAAAACAGACAGGACUACAC